UGUAAUUCUAUAACAAUCUCACAGUCGAACUGUUUGACGAAAAAAUAGUGGGAAUGCUUGGCGUAGUUCAUACGGCAUAUUUAGUUUUAUUAAGCUUUUUAUUUUCUGCUUCAUUUAUAAUGCUGUAAAUAUCCUGAUAACUUGUAGCAUUUUGGAUAAAUGCAGUCUUGUGUGUUUGGUUGUUUUACCAAGCAAAACGUGAUUUGAAAUUUUCUUUGUUAGUGUUUAAUACCUGAAAGGUUUGUCGACGGGUUGAGCCAUGGAUUCUUAUGAUGUGAUAGCAAAUCAGCCAGUUGUUAUCGAUAAUGGGUCUGGAGUAAUAAAGGCUGGAUUUGCUGGUGACCAGACACCGAAAUGUCGUUUUGCUAAUUUUGUCGGACGACCGAAGCAUACCAGAGUAAUGGCUGGUGCUCUCGAGGGCGAUUUGUUCAUAGGUCCCAAAGCACAGGAGUAUCGAGGACUGCUAUCGUUGAAGUACCCAAUGGAACAUGGCAUAAUAACGGACUGGAAUGAUAUGGAACGCGUAUGGCAGUAUAUUUACAGUAAAGAUCAGUUGCAGAUAUUCCCGGAAGAACAUCCAGUGUUACUUACAGAAGCACCUCUAAAUCCACUUAGAAAUCGAGAAAAAUCGGCUGAAAUUUUUUUCGAAACUUUUAACAUACCUGCACUGCACAUCCAAAUGCAAGCUGUCCUUUCACUUUAUUCGACAGGUCGUACAACAGGCGUCGUUCUAGAUUCAGGAGAUGGUGUAACACAUGUUGUGCCUAUCUUCGAAGGUUUUGCUAUACAGCAUGGAAUUGAGAGAAUGGAUGUCGCAGGACGAGAUGUGACCAGAUAUCUUCGUCUCUUACUUCGUAAAGAAGGAGCAAACUUUCAUCGUUCAUCAGAAUUUGAAAUCGUCCGAGAAAUUAAAGAAAAAAUGUGUUACAUUGCAACAAAUGCUGCAAAAGAAGAAAAUAACGAAAGCGAGAAAGCGGCAUAUAAACUUCCCGAUGGUUCAACACUGGAAAUUGGACCAGCUAGAUUUCGUGCUGCCGAGAUACUAUUUCGGCCAGACAUUAUUGGCGAAGAGUGGCCAGGCAUUGCUAAUGCUCUCGAUUUAUCCAUAAGACGUUGUGAAAUAGAUCUGCGUAAGAAUUUGUAUAGCAAUAUUGUAUUAAGUGGCGGAUCAACUAUGUUCACUGGAUUUGGUGAUCGAUUAUUAGCUGAAACGCGUCGAUUGGCACCGAAAGACGUAAAAAUUCGAAUAUCCGCACCGCAGGAGCGAUUGUAUGGUACUUGGAUAGGGGGUUCAAUUCUAGCCAGUCUUGAUACAUUCAAGAAAAUGUGGGUUAGCAAAAAGGAAUAUGAAGACGAAGGGAAGAAAGUGUUGCACAGGAAGACGUUUUGAGUGGAUCAUCUUAAAAAACGGUGCAAGAUUUGUCAAAUAGCAAUGGUGAUAUUUCAAAAUAUACAACACUCUUCUUUAGCUAUUUUUAAAUUUAUUUCAGUUGUAACGUUCCUUAUCUUAUUAAGCGAGAUGAACGAAAUGUAUAAAUUAUAAAUCUCAUAUACAAAAGUCGUCGUAGGUAUAAUUACUUAACAAUAGGACUUGCAAAAUUAUUCGGACAAUGAAAACAACUCUUAUUUCUUAGGAGAAUAUCUGCCUGUUGUUUUUUCAUUCUUUCCAAG